UGAAGCUGUUUUAAAGUGAAUACUACUAGAGCACUGAGAUUUUACACUUCCAGCACUAACUAGAAGAUCAUUCCAUGGAAUCAGAUAAAUACGUUAACAGUCAUCAUUAUCUGGAGUCGGAUAUUUAAAUCCGAAACUAAAAUAUUAAGCGCAUACUAACCCUUUAUACUUUAGCUCUACAUGGUGGCCCAGCACCUUACUAAGAUUCAUGUUCGCUUUCAUUUGUCAUACUGUAUUUAAAAUAAGACACGAUGAUGGAUCCUUCAAACAGACUUUGAAAAAAAAUUGCAAAGCUCUAACCGUUAUAACCUUGACAGUUCAGUCAUCACAGACUGCUGUUCUCUCAGGAGUCUAAUCUCUAAAGUGGCAUUGGAUUUGUCCCUGGCAGAAAGCUUUAAAAACAUGCCUCCCUUCUUGUGCCUCUGUGAGCCUUCAGACAAAGGCAUUUUCCUUCUAAUCUCCGAGUGUCUUGGCAGUCCUUUUUUCUGUCUGUGGAACAUUCUAGGCAGGAGAAACUAUAGCUAUGUCUUUUACCGGAGGUGUGUGUGUGGUAACAGGAGCAUGUGGCUUUCUUGGUGGAAAGCUAGUUAAGCUACUACUGGAGGAAGAGAAUCUUGAAGAGAUUCGACUGUUAGACAGAUGUAUUCGACCUGAACUCAUACAAUCACUAGAAGGUUGCCAGGGUGAGACAAAACUGAGUACGUUUGAAGGAGAUAUAAGGGACAGUGACCUGCUGAAGAAAGUGUGUAAAGGAGCAUCCAUCAUUUUCCACACUGCCUCUCUUAUCGAUGUCACUGGAGCUAUUACCUACAGCGAACUGUACGAGGUAAAUGUGAAAGGUACCAAAUUACUUCUAGAGGCAUGUAUCCAGGAGAACGUUGCUUCCUUCAUAUAUACCAGUAGCAUUGAGGUUGCUGGUCCAAAUCAUCGUGGUGACCCUAUCAUCAAUGGCAACGAGGACACAGUGUACAACUCUUACUUAAAAUUUCCCUACAGCCAGACCAAAAGAGAAGCUGAACAGCUUUGCCUUGAUGCCCAGGGUGAAAUUCUUCCAAAUGGAGGCCGGCUGGCUACCUGUGCUCUCAGGCCGAUGUAUAUAUAUGGAGAGGGCUGCCGGUUUACUUUAGGCCAUAUGAGGGAUGGAAUCCAGAAUGGUGAUGUGUUAUUGAGGACUUCACGACGUGAAGCGAAAGUCAAUCCUAUAUACGUGGGAAAUGCGACUUUCGCGCAUCUGCAGGCCGCACGAGCCCUGAGGGAUCCAGAGAAGAGAACUGUGGUUGGUGGAAACUUUUACUACAUCUCAGAUGACACUCCACCUGUGAGCUAUUCUGACUUCAACCACGCUGUUCUGUUACCACUCGGCUUUGGCAUACAGGACAGACCCUUCCUACCUUUCUCCAUUCUGUACCUCGUCUGCUUCCUCAUGGAGGUGGUCCAAGCCGUGCUCCAUCCCCUUCUACGCUUUACCCCAGCACUGAAUAGGCAGCUUUUGAUAAUGCUAAACACACAUUUCACCUUCUCUUAUCAAAAAGCCCACCGAGAUCUGGGAUACACCCCUCGUUACAACUGGGAAGAGGCACGUAAAAGGACUACAGAUUGGCUAGCGUCUGUCUUGCCCAGAGAAAGACAACGAAUGAAUAUGAAAUAAUAAUAAAAAACCCCACAAUGGUGUACUUUUAUCUUUUACUCAGUUUCAUAUAGAAUUUGGCUGCUUUAAAUCUCUUUCCUGUAAACGGGUAACUGCAAAUAAAGUCAAAUCUGUUUAGAAGCCACAUGCAAAAGUCUAAAAUCUUAAAGCAGAAAAUAAUUUUUCGGAUCAUGUGGAGAAUCCUUUAAUUAAGCUAAACGAAGCUAAAUUGGUUUGUUAAAGAGUGUUUUUGCUUUACUUUACUGUUUAUUUCGGUUUUUUUAAGUCAUGUUUAGUAUUCUAGAACAGGGUUUCCCAAACUUUUCCAGGGCAAGGCCCCCCAAAUGGCAUUAACAUUUGACCGAAGCCCCCCUUUUGCAAGAUGUCUUUAAAACACAUUAAAAAUACAGACUUCUGAAUAUAUCCCCCUUUUUUUUUUUUUAUUAAUUCUUACAUCUUUACAUUACAUUAGGAGUUGAUUGUGUGUGUGUGUGUGUGUGUGUGUGUGUGUGGUUGUCAGAGUGAGAAAGAGAAAACAUACUAGUGGGAUGGAUGGGCACACCAAAUUGUUGAGGCCCCCUGGGCGCCCCCUGGGCGCCCCCUGGUGGCCCCCACUUUGAAAACCACUGUUCUAGAAUGUGGACUGUGUAAUAUGUGUAAACAUUACUUUAUUUGAAUGAUUUACUUUUACUUGACAUAAAAUAAUCAAUGCCAAAACAAAUGUAAUCAAUAAAAAAAAAAAAAAAAGCA